AUGCGACAAGCAUUAUCACCAGACCCGGUUGUAUUCAACGACAGCCACCAAGCAUGGGCAAAUAGUGAGGGAACGACCCUUCUAGAAACACUCAAGACUCUGUCACAGGCAGUCAAAGAUCUCCAGAAAAGGGCCGAUACCCAGGGGCAGGAUAUCCAAGACACAAAUAAGAGCCUUAAGGACACACAAAAACAACCCGAGGAUACACAAAAGAACCUCGAAGAGGCACAAAAUACCCUCGAGAAUACACAAAUAGACCUCGAAGAGGCACAAAAAGGCCUCAUCAAAUAUGAGCGGACGUUUGACGCACAUACAAUUGAGUACAAUUGA